AGAUCUUCUCGGAAGAAGCAGUUCAUUUCCCUUGCAGAGCUGGGUUGCAAUUGAGGAAACAGUUGCAGCAUCUGCAGUCUAUGCUCUGGCUGCAUCAGUCUAAGGCAGAAGAGGGAGCAAUCACCCUGAUCAGAUUUGAGCACAUUUUCAUUCAAAGCAAGACAGAGCCUAUUAAGGUAAGAAGAAGAAGCACCAUAUAAUAUCUGAAGGUCCAUAGCACUCCUGCACCUUUAAUAGUUGUAUAGGAGAGGGCAUUUCAAUAGGCUACUUUGCAUGACAAACUACUAUUAAAGGUGCAAGAGCCAAUGUCCUUUUUACCUGGCCAUUCUAGUUCACAAUAUUAGCUCGUGUAAUUUUGAUCUCCUUCUCAACCAACAGCUACGAAAGUAAAUAUGAAGGCCGACAACUGAUUAAGGAUGUGUUAGAUUCAUCAUAUGCGAGAUUUGGCUGCAGCGUGAAACAUAUUUUCUUUGUUUUGUUUAUUAAAAAAUAAACUAUAUAUAUAUAUAUAUAUAUUCCAUUUUAAUCUUCAAAGCGGAGGGGGUUGUCUCAUUGUACAAGCAAUCAGAAAAUCAGAUUGUUUGCCACAGAGAUUUCAACAGUGCCAAAAUAGUGGAGUUGAAACAUCACUUCCAGUCUGCGGCAUGGAAAUAUCCACUGUUGUUAGUGGGGAAGGAGCUGCAGGAGAAGUCCUUCGAAGGCCAUACCUUGAAAUCAUGUUUGUUUUAAAAAAAAAUUAUAUUAACAGCAGAAUCCUGUGUAUGCCUGCUCAAAAGUUAGCCCCAAGAGCUCAACUGGACUUACUCUCAGCUUAGGUAAGCAUGUAUCAGAUUUUGGAAUCGGGAGAAAUUUGAUUCAGUUCACACUUAAAUGUGAACCAACCUAAGUCACCAUUUCAAAAACAAUCAAACCUUUGUUUAAAACUGUCGCUUUCCCCUCUCUCAAUUUCUAUCCAUUCCUGCUUUACUAAAACCUCUUCCUAUGUUUUUAGCUAUUCUUAUUUUAUCUGUAAGGCAUCUUGAGUCUCUGAUGAGGAAAAGGUUGGGAAUAAAUAACAAAAUAUAUUAAUAAUGAUGAUGAUGAUGAUGAUGAUAAUAAUAAUAAUAAUAAUGUUAUUGUUUAAUGCUACAAUUUCCCUGUCAGUGUCUUUCCCUACUCACUGAAUUCUCCCCCCUCCGUUCUUCAGUUGCCCCAUGUGAGAGAGAUAGUACCUCCACACAAUGUAUUUCACUUCUGACACCAUGUGUUGUCUUCAGCAUGAAUCAAUGUAGCAAUUUAAAACAGAUAUUUCAUGAACAAGCCAAUGCCUGUUGCGUGUACAAAAUCCAUCAGCUUCUUUAGCCGUCAAGAUUGCUCUUAAGAGUCGAUUCAUCUUAAAUAUACAGUGUCGUGCAAAACAGGCAACAGGAGGCAUGGAAAUGAGGGAGAUCUGUGUGCAAGGGGGAGCUGAGAAAAAAGGGGGGAGGAGUGGAAACAUGGUGAAAAUAAGGGAUGCAAAGGGAGGCUGAAGAAAAGAACUUGGGGGUGCAUUGGGCUGCAUAACGGGAUGGCAGCUGGUGAAAAGAGAUGUUAGUAUUGCAUGGAGUGGAAGGAGAAACCCUAGGAGUUAAUAUGAGGGGGAGAUUAACAUGUGGAAUGAGUGGGGGGCAGAGUCCCUGGUUAUUAAUGAAAUUAGAGACACAACAUGGCCACAGUUCAGCCACAUCUAAGCACUUCCACUCAUUUCAGUGUACGGGAUUUGCAGUGUUAGCAUAAGCAUGUUUACUCAGAGUUAAGUCCCAGUAGUUGUAGUUUGGAGUUACUCCCUAGCAAGUGCGUUUAGGUUUGCAGCUUUAGGCUGCAAUCAUUUAGGCAGCUUCCUCAGAGUCAGCCCCAUCAAGCUAUAUGGGACAUAUUUAUUUCACGAUUCAUUUAUUUCAUGAAACUUAGAGUAUACACCGCUUGAUUGAAGAAGAAGAGAAAAAAAACACCUCAAAGUGGUUUGCAGAAAGAUAAUAAAAUCGAGACAAAUCUACAGCCAUACUUUAAAGCAUGCAAAAGUUAAAAUACUGAAACAGAUUAAAAUGACCUCAACUUUAUAUUAUUUUAUUUACUUAUGAUUAGGCAUGUGUAAGGUUGCACAAGGGACGCCGGUGGCGCUGUGGGUUAAACCACAGAGCCUAGGACUUGCCGAUCAGAAGGUCGGCGGUUCGAAUCCCCCAACGGGGUGAGCUCCCAUUGCUCGGUCCCUGCUCCUGCCAACCUAGCAGUUCGAAAGCACGCCAGUGCAAAUAGAUAAAUAGGUACCGCUCCAGCGGGAAGGUAAACAGCGUUUUCGUGCGCUGCUCUGGUUCGCCAGAAGCGGCUUUGUCAUGCUGGCCACAUGACCCAGAAGCUGUCUGUGGACAAAUGCCGGCUCCCUCGGCCUAUAGAGUGAGAUGAGCGCACAACCCCCGAGUCGGUCAUGACUGGACCUAAUGGUCAGGGGUACCUAUACCUUUACCUUUAAGGUUGCACAAUUAAGAUUAUGCUUACCUUUACAAUGUCGCCAGUGGAAUCCUCUUUCCUGAGGCUAAUAGCCUCUCCAGGGAGAGAUUUUUGUUGGGACUGUGGGAUGGUGGUGGUUCUAAUCCUACCCAACCCACCCUGUGGUGGUUGUAGACAUUUUUAUAAACUGCACACAGUAAUUGUUUUUAUGCAAUUAGCACAAUGUGUCAUUUGAAACUUAAACAUGCUUUGGCACGGUCGUGACCUAAAAGUAUCUGAAUACCCUAAAAGCAUCGGAAAGAAUGCUUUUCAAACCUCCCUUAUCUUGCCCAAAGUCUAUAGAAUCAAGAAUGAUUUGCACUGAAAAAUUCAAGAAGAGUGGAAUCCCAGCUGAUGUGAAGGGAGUUGUAUUCUGAUUUUUGCAGGGUUCAGGUGUGGAAGAUAAUUUGUUUUACGACCUGUGGUUGUACACUAAACUAUAUUAUUACAGCUACAACUCUGGGGUGAUAAGCCAACAUUAGUCAUGCUAAGAGUAGACCAAUUCAAAUCAAUGGACUUAACUAUUCUACUGAUUUUAGUGGUUCUGUGUGGGUUUGACUGACAUUGGAUAUCUCCUUUUCCAAAGCAUCUCUAAUACAGUGGUGCCCCGCAAGACGAAUGCCUCGCAAGACGGAAAACUCGCUAGACGAAAGGGUUUUCCGUUUUUUGAGCUGCUUCGCAAGACGAAUUUCCCUAUGGGCUUGCUUCGCAAGACGAAAACGUCUUGCAAGUUUGUUUCCUUUUUCUUAACACUGUUAAUACAGUUGCGACUUGAGUUCGAGGAGCAACUCAUAGAACGCAGUGUACAUAGUAGCCUUUUUUGAGGUUUUUUAAGACUUUGGUGAUUUUUGAAGCUUUUCCAAAACUUCUUUUGCAGCCAUUUGGUAAGUUAAGCUUUUAAAACUUUUUGGGGGGGUUUUGGAUUUUGGGUUGGGGUGUUUGGAAUUCAAGGACUUGGUUUUGGGGAGGGGUUUGCAAGAAUCUGGAAGCUUGUGUUUUUUUUUCUGCAUUUUUAUGAUUUUCUGUGACCAUUGGGCCACUCUGCUGUUUUUUUAAAAAAAAUUCUGGAUUCGAAUUUCUGUGUGCUGGGUGGCUGGGGGAACAGUUGGGGAGGGGUUUGCAAGAAUCUGGAAGCUUGUUUUUCCCCCCUGCAUUUUUAUGAUUUUCUGUGACCAUUGGGCAACUCUGCUGUUUUUAAAAAAAAAUUCUGGGUUUGAAUUUUGAAAUGCUCUUUACAGUAUGUGUGACUUUAAAGAGCACUUAAUAAACUCUUGUUGUACCAAAUUUGGCUUUGUUUGGAAUUUUUUGGACCAUAGGAACGCAUUAAUUGAUUUUCAAUGCAUUCCUAUGGGCUUUCGUGCUUCGCAAGACGAAAAAUUCGCUAGACGAAAAAAUUCACGGAACGAAUUAAUUUCGUCUUGCGAGGCACCACUGUAUAGGGCAGUGUUCCUAUUUCUGUAGUUCUCUAGGCUUCCUCCAAGAACUUUUUCUGUAUUGAAACAAUGUUUAACAAUCAGUUCCUGGGACGCAAAUUCUUGCAGCCAUUAGGAGAUUCUUCAUCAUCCUAAUAGGAAAUCAUAUGAAUCAAAUUCAGCAAAAUCUCUUCUAGCAAUGCGAUCCUGUGCAUGUCUGCUCAGAAGUAAUUCCAACUGAGUUCAGUGGGACUCCCUUCCAGGCAAGUGGGUAGCAGGUGGCAGCCCUACAAACUGGAAUUCCAUGCGUUACCUUGAUUACAAAAUCUCAAUUGUUCGAAAAUUUGGGGCAAUGUCACCACAAACAUAAAAGUCCAUGUUGAACACAGCACACCUUUGCGCACCAAAAUUAUCAACCCUUUAAACCCUGUCCUUUUUCCGUUGUCUCAGAUACCACCUAUGGAUCAGAACCAUCUACAGAUCAUCUUUAACAUGACAAUUUAUCUUAGUACAGUGGUACCUCGGGUUACAUACGCUUCAGGUUACAUACGCUUCAGGUUACAGACUCCGCUAACCCAGAAAUAGUACCUCGGGUUUAGAACUUUGCUUCAAGAUGAGAACAGAAAUCGCACGAUGGCGUUGCAGCAGCAGCGGGAGGCCCUAUUAGCUAAAGUGGUGCUUCAGGUUAAGAACAGUUUCAGGUUAAGAACAGACCUCUGGAACAAAUUAAGUACGUAACCAGAGGUACCACUGUAUUACAUUCUCUUGGUGUUAAGGUAUAACCAGGUAAUCAUAGUUCCUUAGCUGUGGCUGAAAAUUGUUUAGCCUUCCUAUAAACACCACUUGGGACAGCUUUUCUCUUGUCUUGUCUUGUCUUGUGCAUUACCCAUUUGCGAAAUCCCAGCAAUCUGUCUUCAGCAUAAGUCCCAUCUGAAGCAUCCUUAGAUGCAGGCCAAUGAAAUAAUCAUAGAAUUGCAGACUUGGGAAGGAAUGCCAAGGCUCAUCCGGUCCAACCAACUGCAAUGCAGGAAUCUCAGCUAGAUCAUAUAUGAUAAUGACUGGCUCCGAAUAACUAUUUAACAGUAGAUGCUUGUGACAGGCUGGAGAUGAGGGUGUACCUUUUUGAGAACCGAAGGUAGCUUGAAAGAGACAGGAUAUUGUACUGUGGCUUGUGGCGUUUGCAUGCUCUUCCACUUUUUGUAUCACUUAUUUUAAUAAAAACCGAUAAAUGAGCCCACCACGGGAAGUGAAGCUUUCAAUCUCUCGUAACAAUUGACUCUUCCAAACAUCAGCCAUUAUCAAGCUGUUGCUGGCAAUCUAUCAGUUCCAUCAAAGGGCCUCCAGCCCCUUUCUUUUACUGUCAAGAAAGAUCCAGCAGCCAUUGUAGUCAGAGAGAUGGUCUUUAGCUUAGCUGUGCAUUUAAUAGGUGACGUGAGGAAAGCAUGAUUGCUGUGACACGGUUCCCUGUCCUCAAAAGGCUGAUAAAAGGACUGACUUGGAGGUGAAGAAGAAAGCCUUCUCUCUGAAUCUAGAGAAGCUGUAGCCUUGCUGUUGUUAGACCAGAGCUCCCAUCACCCCCGAACCUGAUGGUUGGAUCUGACGGGAGCCCAACAACCCAUAGUAAGCUGCCUUACAGGCCCAAGCUCAGUCUUAUCUACACUGGUUGGCAGUAGGCUUGCCCUGUUGUUGCUGUUUAGUCGUUUAGUCGUGUCCGACUCUUCGUGACCCCAUGGACCAGAGCACACCAGGCACUCCUGUCUUCCACUGCCUCCCGCACUUUGGUCAAACUCAUGCUGGUAGCUUCGAGAACACUGUCCAACCAUCUCGUCCCCGUCCUCUGUCGUCCCCUUCUCCUUGUGCCCUCCAUCUUUCCCAAUAUCAGGGUCUUUUCCAGGGAGUCUUCUCUUCUCAUGAGGAGGCCAAAGUCUUGGAGCCUCAGCUUCUGGAACUGUCCUUCCAGUGAGCACUCAGGGCUGAUUUCCUUCAGAAUGGAGAGGCUUGAUCUUCUUGCAGUCCAUGGGACUCUCAAGAGUCUCCUCCAGCACCAUAAUUCAAAAGCAUCAAUUCUUCAGCGAUCAGCCUUCUUUAUGGUCCAGCUUUCACUUCCAUAGGCUUGCGCUAUGUCACAAAAAUUCAUGACAUGUCCUGGUUUUUGGGUGUAAAAAUGGUGUCGGGAAGGAAUUUUGCCGAACCGGCAAAAUGUCAGGGAAAACCCAGAUGUAUGGCAAUGUGCUGGAAAAAAGCAGCUCCAAAAGCUUAAAAUCACCCAGUAAUUUGGGUUUGUUCCCAAAUGAAGCUCAACAGUUUGGGUAGGUUUAUUAAAAAAUACCUUCAACAUUUUUGGUGGUUGGCAGUGUCAGAAAUUUUACUUUUUGAAAUAUGGCAGCCCUCGUUGGCAGUCUCUCUCCAGGGUUUCCCCUCAGUCCUAUCUGGAGAUGCCGGGGCUCAAACUUGUGCUCUGUGACUUAGCUACGUACCCCAAAGGCCUUACCCCAACAUAUGCUAUACACAUUGAGGGCAGAGCCGGGCAGUGCCCAUUCUCCCCUGCCCUCAAAAUGCUCGUACCCCACGCACAUUGAGAAGAGCAUGUGGGAGAGGAGUUGAUGUGCAUAGUCUCUCCUUCCAGAUGGUCCUCUCUUGGAACAGACAUCGUGGGGUCAAGGCGAGACUCAAAAGUGUGCAUACCUUUGGUGUGGGGUCAGCAGCGGGGCCCAGCUAUGCCCUUCAUGCAUCGGCUACACAUGUGAAAAGGGCUUUUGCAAAGAGCUUUUGCAAACACCAUGCAUUUAAAGUGCAUUCAAAGCACAUGACUUCCCCCAGGGAAUCCUGGAACUGUCAUUUGUUACAGUGGGUACUGGGAAGAGUAGCUCUGUGCUUUUCCAAGUUCCCAGGAUUCUUUGGGGUGGGGUGGGGGCAUUGAGAGAGAGUCGUGUGUUUUCAAUGUACCGUAUUUUUCGCUCCAUAAGACACACUUUUUUCUUCCUAAAAAGUAAGGGGAAAUGUCUGUGCGUCUUAUGGAGCGAAUGCGUGGUCCCUGGAGCCGAAUUGCCCAGGGGCAAAAAGCAGAUCAUGCUUUUUUAAAAAAAAUAGGACGCAAAAACGUGAUUACAAAGCACGGAUCCACAUGGAUUCUCAGGAUUUUUGCAAUGGGCUACCCCAAACUCACCGUCAAAUCACAUGUCUGUGGCCACAGCAUGAACCACAAAAAUCAUACAUCCACUGUUUCAUUCAGAAUAUUUUUUUUCUUGUUUUCCUCCUCUAAAAACUAGGUGCGUCUUAUGGUCGGGUGCGUCUCAUGGAGCGAAAAAUACGGUGCUUCAAAUGUAUGGUGAAACAUUUAAUUCCCAUUAAAUGUUUUUCAAAGUCUUGGGUGUUUCAACACGGUGUGGUUUUCCUGUGCAUCCAACCCUCCAAUACUCCGUGUUCCUUUUUCUUCCUCACCCCAAUUUAUACUGAGAGAAGGUGGGGGGCACACAAAAGAAGACAUGGACUGUCCCCUGUGGGCAAGAGGGGAUGAGAGGGGCAGAGGUGGCAUUUGCUGUGUGGAAAGAGAGAGGGACGGAAGCACCACGAAAGCGAGCUCAGCGCAAUAUGCAUCUUCUUCCCACAAAGGUCAGCAGACGCAGGCCUUUUGCAGCAUUACCACUUCCACCUGUCUUCUUGCCCCAUCUGCGUGGGAAGCCUCAUCCUGUUGUCUCUGGGCUUCUGCAACCAUCCUUGCCUGGGCCAGCAAGAUAAGAUAGCAGCAGGCUGCUUCUGUGCAAAGGGAGUAGCCGGGGAGGGGAACUAAGGAUUAACUGGCAGUGGUUCUCAACCUGUGGGUCCCCAGAUGUUGUUGGACUACAACUCCCAUCAUCCCUGAGCUCUGGCCUUGCUAGCUAGGGGUGAUGGGCGUUGUAGUUCAACAACAUCUGGGGACCCACAGGUUGAGAAAGGCUGGCUUAACAGGUUACAGCAGUGCUUCUCAAACAAAACAAAACAAAAAAUUCCCCAGGUCACCCUUUCAGAAUAAAAAAUUGCUCACACCACACCAAGUUUUCUAUUGAGAAAAGAUCCAUUGGAAAGCGAUAAGAAACCAUUUCUAGCAGUGCUUGAUUUAUAACAUGGAACAUAACUGCUUUAUAGUAUGGGACAUCCAGGAAACAAUGCAGCUACAGAAGAACAGGAAUCAUUCCCAAAAUAUAAUGAUAACUGAGCCUCUUACAUAUGUACCUUAAGUCCAGACCUUCCAAGUGCUCCAGGGACAGUCCCAGAUUUACAGAAGCCAUUCCGAUUUUUGAUUUGACCCCAGAAUGUCCCACUUUUCCUUAGGACAUCCCUAUUUUCAUGAGAGAAACGUUGGAGGGUAUGGAGUUAUGUGACUCCUGAGACAAGAAGAUACAAGCUUUGGAAGACAUCUGAAGUGCAGCCCAGAAUAGGGAAGCUUUUAAAAUGUUUAAUGUUUUAUUGUGUUUUUAUACAUGUUGGAAGCUGCCCAGAGUGGCUGGGGUAACCCAGUCAGAUGGGUGGGGUACAAAUAAUAAAAUUAUUAUAAUAAAUGGCUGUAUACAAACUCAAUGAGAGGCAUGGGUGAUCUCAUUUAUAUUUGGUUUCAUUUGAGACAAACAAACUCUCAUCUCCUCAACAACACAAAGAAGCCUUUCCCGAUCUUUCAUAUUUGUCAAAAAAGCUACAGUGGUACCUCGGGUUAAGAACUUAAUUCGUUCCAAAGGUCCGUUCUUAACCUGAAACUGUUCUUAACCUGAAGCACCACUUUAGCUAAUGGGGCCUCCCGCUGCCACCGCCGUGCAAUUUCUGUUCUCAUCCUGAAGCAAAGUUCUUAACCCGAAGUACUAUUUCUGGGUUAGUGGAGUCUGUAAACUGAAGCAUCUGUAACCUGAAGUGUCUGUAACCCGAGGUACCACUGUAUUUUGAAAAGCUAUCAACCCAUAUUCUCUCUCUCUCUCUCUCUCUCUCUCUCUCUGUGUGUGUGUGUGUGUGUGUGUCUGUCUCUCUGUCUCUCUGUCUCUCUCUGUGUGUUUGUGUGUGUGUGUAAAACACUGAAAUGUUUACCUGUUUCUUGUUCUUGAAUCUUCCUGCCACCCUUGCCAUCAACCCUUGCCUGCGACACCCUUUGAGAACCACCAACUUACAGCGACCUAAUGUCUGGUUAUCAGGUCUGGCUUGAAACUAACACUAUGAGUGGGAGCUAUCAAAAUGUGACUGCUGAAGUUUCCGUAUUGUGGCAGAGGAGCUGCUUUUCAGUGAAUAUGAGUGAACCUCAGAGAAGAGGGCACCAAAAGGUUUCCCAGGCUUCUGAUAGCUGAGGCUGCAACUGCGCAUCAUAUGAAACGCAAGACAGGCUUUUCUCUCUUCUUGUAACAUCUAAGGAUGCCUCCAGACUGAACAGCUCCUGCUUUAUCCAAAAACUGUUUCUCACUAAACCUCGUUCCACUUGCACAUUGUUUUUCCAAUUGUUUCCUUCGUCUCACUGGCUUCCAGUGUUCUGCUGUACUUGGUUUUUCCACUGUAAAAUGACAAGCAUCUGUAAAUGUUUACUCAAAGUUCAUUUUACUGAUUUAAACGGCCUUAUUUCAAAUUCAGUGUGUGUAGGACUGCAGCCCCAUAUCACCCUGGGAUUGCAAAAGGAACACACACACAUACCCUCGCCAAGUCUUGGUCAUGCUGCACAAAUUUAAAAUACCACUUUAGGCUGAUGAAAUGUGUUAUGUGCUGAGUUGAAUAGGAUCCAAAAGGCAGCAGUCUGAUUGGUCCUAGAACAAUAGGAUUCAGAAUGCAGCGGUCUGAUUGGUCCUAGAACAAUAGGAUUCAGAAUGCAGCAGUCUGAUUCGUCCACAGGAGCCACCCAAUCCAGUUCCAGGUGGAAGUGAAUCCGCAACCUGAUUGGCCUACAGGAGAAUCCCGGAGUUAGCCAAUCACGUGGGGCCCAUUGUGUAAAUAAUGUAUAUAAAGCAGACAUUCUGGGGGAACUGCCAUUCCUCUUCACCACUAUGAGCUGAAUAAAGACCAUGAAAUCCACUCUUGACUACGAGUAUAUUUCAAAAUGUUUCUGCUGUCUACUGGAAAAUUGGCUUGAAUCGCCUUUUGACAGAUUCCAUCCAGGGUGACCUAUCAUAGAAAAGAAUCAAAUUUUACCUUUUCAGAGAAAAUGAUAGUUACCUUGGGAGUCGACUUAAAUGGCACAAAUGUACAUAUGGUAGUCUGGAGACUGAACAAACUCAAGCAUUUUAAUACCUGUGAAUAUGUCAAAUAACAAGACAUCCAUGAUUUGAUCUGCCAUGUCUUCUUUUUUCUCUUGGUAAAGAGCUGCCACCACAAGGCCCAAUUGGUACCACGACACAGGGGUUGUGAUGUAGAAAAAGGAAUGAGAAGUUCUGCCGCAGAGCUCCAUAAUCCUUAGUGUGGCUCUCUGGCAAAAGACUUGCGAGCCUCAAAGGCAAUCUCAACUUUGCAUGGACAAAAGGGGCACAUGUUAUUUCCCCAACUAGCACUUGGGAAAGUGCUUCCACAGUUAAUUUAUGUUCCGGUAAUCUGGGUCUAUCUAGAAAUAGCACAAAAUUUUAAGGAAGUUAACUGUAAACAAUAAUGCAGACAUUAAAAAACAAAAACCCUCAAAAUGGUGGCAUGCGGCAACAUUUAAUGCACAGGGUUUCGCCCAAAGAAUUAAGGGAACUGGGACAUGGGUGGCGCUGUGGGUUAAACCACAGAGCCUAGGACUUGCCGAUCAGAAGGUCGGCGGUUUGAAUCCCCGCGACGGGGUGAGCUCCCAUUGCUCGGUCCCUGCUCCUGCCAACCUAACAGUUCGAAAGCAUGUAAAUAGGUACUGCUCUGGCAGGAAGGUAAAUGGCGUUUCCGUGCACUGCUCUGGUUCACCAGAAGUGGCUUAGUCAUUCAGGCCACAUGACAAAAACAAAAAUGUUACUUAAAAUGUGAAGAGGUGAUUUAACACAACUGUAGGACUUUAAUGUCGGGUUCACAGCUGCUUUGCAUUUGAAAUGAGCACCAGAGGCUGAUCCACCAACACUUGCCUGCCUUCUCCAGUUAGCUUAGUUGGUUAGGUGCUGGUAAAACCAAAGUCACAGAUUCAAUUCCCAUACAGACCACCUGCAUAUUCCUGCAUGACAGGGAGUUGGACUAGAUGACUCUCGGGGGGCCCUCCAACUCUAUGAUUAUAUGAACUCUAGAAUUAGUUAGCUCUGCCUUCCAUUGGCUCUAGCGCCACUUACUGUUGGCCUCCCUGCCAAUUCCAAUGGACACCAGCCACCACGGGAGAGAAGUCCAUGUCUCUCUUCCACGGCUAACUGUGCUUCUCCUUUUCCUUUUUCAGGCAAGUAUUCAUCAUGGCUGAGGACCAUCUGGAAGUGGUCACUGAGUAUCUCUAUGAAGAGCAGGCCAUAAUGUGCGAGAAAACAGACAUCCAGGCAUUGGGCAAAGCCUUUCUGCCAAUACUGUACGCCCUUGUGUUCACCGUAGGGCUGGUUGGAAACGGCCUGGUGGUUCUGACCAUCGUGCAAGGUGGGCGCCAAAAGAGCGUCACUGACAUAUUUCUCCUGAACUUGGCCAUUUGUGAUCUCCUUUUUGUCAUUUCUCUUCCCUUUUGGGCUUCUUACAUCGUAAAAGGUUGGACACUCGGGAACAUUCCGUGUCGGAUCGUUUCCUCUUUCUAUUCCGUGGGCUUGUACGGAGGGAUGUUUUUCAUCACUGUCAUAAGCAUCGAUCGAUACUUUGCUAUCGUCCGGGCAACUUGCAUCAUGAAAGCCAGAACAAUCCGACAUGGAUCUCUCACUAGCCUUGCAGUCUGGACCCUGGCCAUUUUGUUUGCAGCUCCCCAUUUCGUGUUCAUCCGAAAUAUAGGUAGAGAAUGCACUUCUCUGUAUCCAGAACACCUUGAGGAAAUCUGGCCCAUUUUCACUUACAUAGAAUAUAACGUCAUUGGUUUCCUUCUCCCGCUGUGCAUCAUGAGUUUCUGCUACUUGAUGAUCGUCAAAACCUUGAUGUCCUGCAAAAAUCACCGGAAAAGAAGAGCCAUGAAGCUGAUUUUAUUAGUGGUGGUUGUGUUCUUCCUGUUCUGGACUCCAUACCACAUAUCACUUUUCCUGCAGAUAUUGAGGCUCUCCGAUUUCUUUCAGAGCUGCAGCUCAAGGAGGCUUUUAGAUUACACCAUGCAAAUCACCGAAUCGCUGGCUUUCAGCCACUGCUGCCUUAAUCCCAUCAUCUAUGCUUUUGCCGGUGAAAAAUUCAGAAAGAAGCUUUCUCGCUUGGCUCUCAGAUGUGUCUCGUUCUUUUUCUUCUGUGCGCCUUGCGAUAGAGCUCCAGUUCCUGUUCCAGAAGUCACCAUAACCAGCAACCAUACGCAGAACACCAGUGACCAAGAUGGCUCCAUCCUUCUGUGAUUGCUCCCUAGAGGCCAGCCCGGAAGAAUGUUUUGUAUACUGAAUGCUAGCCUACAAUUUGACCUAGAUGUGAGUGAGCGAAUAGGGUUGGGUCCAAAGAUCCGCCCAUGGGGAAAACGUCAUGGGCUUCCCCUGUGAAGGGAGCAAAAAGUACCUCUGUCCAAUUUUCUGCUCUCUUCCCCUUCUGCUCCUUGCCAGAGGCUCUGGAUCUCUGGGAACCAUUAAUUGCAAGUUGAGGGGGGCUGAGAGGGGGGGAAAGGGAGCAGGAAAGGCUACUUCUAGCUGCCCCCUUCUGGGGGCAGUUCUCUGGGUUCAUUUGUACAUCCCAUAGGUUUCAAUAUUCAUGUUCUGCCACUAAGAACCAGAAAUGUAUAUAUAUGUAUUUGAGGACUGGAUAAGAUUGUGGAAAGUGAAUUUGAAAUUUACCAAUUGUGUAUUGCUGAAGGAGAAUUACAUGAAAAUGAUGUACAGAUGGUAUAUCAUGCCAGUAAAAUUGGCAAAAAUGUAUAAAACAGAACAAAAGAACUUUUGGAGGUGUAAAGAAGGGGAAGGUACAUUUUAUCAUAUGUGGUGGGAGUGCAAGAUUAUCAAAAUAUUUUGGGAAAUGAUAUACAACAAACUGAAAAGAAUGUUUAAAAUAACAUUUGUUAAAAAACCAGAAGCCUUUUUGUUAGGUAUUUUAGGACAAGAGCUGCCAAAAGAAAUACGGACAUUAUUUAUGUAUGCUACAACAGCAGCAAGAACUGUAAUAGCACAAAAUUGGAAGACUGGAGAAGUACCAUCUAAAGAACAAUGGCAAGAAAAAUGGAUGAACUACGCAGAGUUAGCAAAGUUAACGGACAAACUGCGAGAAAAGGACAACAGGGACUUUGAAAAAGAAUGGGAACCUAUUACAAUAUAUUUGCAGAAACACCCCCCAAAAAAUGGACUCAUUGGCAGGAUUUAAAUAAACAUUUACAAUUAUAUUUACAUAAAACAAGGAAUAUAACACUGUGAUAACAUAGUAUUGUAUAUAAACAGCAGAACGUAUCAUUUGAUGUAAUAAACCAGAAAUGGAAGCUGAGGGAAGUCAAUGGGGGGGGGGGAUGAAAAGCUAAUGUUUAGUAUUGAUAGUGGAUAUUUGUUUUGAAAAUGGAAAAUCAAUAAAAUCUUUAACAACAACAAAAAAGAAAUAUAUAUGCACACACACAUAGCAUGCCCCCCCCAACUGGUAUCUGAUUGUGCAUUAGCAUUAAUGCUUAGAAAGUUCAGGUAAUUUUAAUUUAUUUCAGUAUUUUAACUUUUGUAGGUUUUGAAGUAUGGUUGUAAUUCUUCCUCAUUUUUAUUGUUUUAUCCUUUAGUAAACUGCUUUGAAGGUUGUUGUUUUUAUAAUCAAGAGGUGUAUAUAUUUUUAUGAAAUAAAUAAAGGAUUCUUAUUAAGCCAUACAGAUUAUUCAACUAUCCAGCAUAAGAAAAGAG